CAUGAAAAUGAAUCAGAAGCUUAAUUCGAACAAAAAGCGUGUGAUCGUCAUAGGCGCUGGUCCAUGUGGGCUACCGGCUCUCAAAGAGAUGCUGGCUGGGGGUCAUGAUGCCACGACUUUCGAGCGAGCGCCUUCUCUCGGUGGCAUAUUUUCGAGCUCGGCAAUGUACCACGAUCUCCACCUGACUCUAUCGAAUUGGGCUAUGGCCUUCUCCGAUUUUCCCAACAAGGAUCUCCAAUGUUAUCCCAAUGGACAAGAGUAUCUACAAUAUCUCAAAGACUACACUUCCCAUUUCGGCCUAGAUCAGCAUAUCAAGUACAACACCGAGGUGCUCAGUGCAUCCCUGAAUGAGGAAAAGAAGUGGAGAGUUGAGGUGCAGGAGGGCUCCGAGAGACGUGUCGAGAUUGCAGACGCUCUCGUUGUAGCCACUGGUGCACACCAAGUACCAAAAGGGCUGCCAGACCCGCUCGCUGGCUACACCGGCCGAGUAGUCCACUCCUCGAACUACAGCCAAGAGUUUCGAAAAGAAGUGGAGGAGAAGCAAUUGCGCGUCUUGCUGGUUGGGGGUGGUGAAAGCGGCGCCGACAUUUCUGCAGAUCUAGGCGAUCUUACCGAGAAGACUACAGUCUGGCUUCGCCGUCCAAACUGCUUCGGCCCACGCUAUCUUGUUGCUCAUCCCGAGAUGCCUCAAGUCAAAGAAAGCAAGGUUCGACGAUAUCCAGUCAAUGGCUUUCUCGAAUCGGCGACGACCAAUCGGAUGAGUGCGGCACAGAAUGUGUUCUUCUACGGAUUCUGGCGGAGAUUGCUUUGGAAGUUGCCGAUCUUGAACAGAACACUUUCGACAGCCUGUCUUGACAGCACGGCUUCCGCAUGGUUGAUGAACGACCAAGCAACAUAUGUCACGAAAAAUCAGCGCAUGUGUGAAGCAUGGGGCGAUGGCAAGAUCGAGGUUAUCAUUACCCCGGAUGUCUCCGUCGACGGUUCAUCUGUUGCAUUCGCGAUGCCUGACGGUCACAUAAACAAACGCGAAUUCGAUGUAGUCGUUCUCUGCACUGGUUACACGACCGAAUUUCCGUGGUUGAAGGUAGACAACUUCGAUGCAAACCCUCGAUCGUGGUACCUCCACUGUUUCCCAGAGGGUCUCGGUGAUAGUUUGUCCUUCUCGGGGUAUGCGCGCCCCCAUCAAGGCGGCAUACCACCAAUGGCGGAAAUGCAAUCGCGUUACAUCAGCAUGAUACUCAGCGGUGACCGAAAGCUUCCUUUGGAUUAUGCGGCGCGGGCUAAGCGAGACCAUCUUACCGAGCGAGAGUACUAUUCCAUCAGUCCAGAUCUCGACAGUCUUGUAGACUGGAAUGCUUUUCUUGAGAGUGUUGCCAGACGUGUAGGGUGCGAAGCACAAUUACCUACCCUGUGCGUCGUCGCUUUCAAUCUACAUCUUCUCGCGGUCGCAGCACUCUCUCUUCUUGCUUUUGCUCCCACUUUGAGUCCUCUCAGUCUGCGGUCCGCUGCUCUCCUCUGGAUCAGCACAUUUCUGUCUUUCUUCAUGUGGGAGGAUGGUCUCAUGAUCAAAUGGUGGUUCUACCCGCACUGGCCGAUUUGGUACCGACAGCGGGGACCCGGUGCCAAUCCGAAGUUGGUGAGUGAGAUCCUGCAGCGCAAUAACAUCUGGAAGGACACAAAAAUCACGCGAGGAUUUGUGCUAUUAGUUUUCUGGUCAUGGUGGACAUAUUAUGCACAGCGGGCCAUUUCCUUUGUUUUGUUCAUUCCCCAUGUCCUCGCAAAAUCAUUCGGUAUCCGGUUUGGCAAGACUUGGGGUGGCUUUCUUGUGCCGAAGAUCUACGUUCUGCACGAUGCCGAGUGGCGCUUCGCCGAUUUGUUCCUGCCUUGA